ACCUCCGUCCUGUUUGCCGAAUAUUUUAGCAGAGAGGGCGGGGAAAGGAUAGGAAGCGUUGAAAGAAAGGAUUCCGGUGAGGUUAGGGUUUUUGCUUCUAUCUGGUAACAAAUUAUCGAUGCUUAAGCGCAGACCACCACGAAUUCCUUCCGUUCGCCUCUUCCUGUGAGCCUUAUUUGUCAAAUCUCUUCUUUUAUUUUGUGUUCCCUCUUCGUUCCUCUUAUAUUUUCUCGCUUUCCCUUCUUGUCUUCGUUGUGUCAUUCCAUUAUGAUCCUAUAUUCUAUUGUUAUGCCCUCGUCGAUUGCUAUUCCGUUCUCUGCACCUCAAAAUCUCCGUGUCUUUGGCCCUGGUUUGAAUCCGUUUGAGACCAACGGUAUUGGGAUCGGUUACGUUUCUCGUUAAUUCUUUGGUUUUGAAGAAUCACUGGAUCAUGUAAGCGUUUCAUCUCGUUUCUAAGCUCUCUUUAACGUUAUAUUAGGGCUUGCUUCUUUAUAUUCUGUAGAAAACAUCUCAGAAUCUCUAGGUUUUUCUUGCUAUACGGGUAAUUUCCGGCGUCUUCUUUUCGAUCCGGAUACCGUUUUUUCUGCUCUUUUUGUGUUGGAAAUUCGGGAACACUUGGCCUAGUAUGCUGCAAGCGCAGAGAGCACUUCCUCGGCGCCAACUGUCAAAUAGGCGCUCUCUCAGGCUAGGCGACAGGGACAGAGAUGAUAGGGGCUGGACCCUGCUGCACAUCGGUGCUCGGAAGGGUGACCUGAAAAAGGUGAAGUGUCUUCUGGAAGAGGGAAUGGAUGUGAAUAUUCCUGCAUGGGGUCCAAAAUCUCAGGGAGAGACUCCUCUACAUCUUGCUGCUCAAGGCGGACACAUCAAGGUUAUGGACCUGCUGCUGGAACAUGGUGCAAACAUUGACGCUAGAACCAAAGGCGCAUGUGGCUGGACUCCUGUACACAACGCAGCCAAGUCAAGGAACAAGGAUGCUGUCAGAUUCCUGAUUGAGAACGGAGCUUUCUUGCCCCCUGACAUGCACGAUAACAGGUUCAAUCCUCCACUUCAUUACUGCCCAGGCCUGGAGUGGGCAUAUGAGAUCAUGAGAAUGCAAAGUAGUGAUUCCUCUUCUGGUGAGACUACCAACACCAGCAGCUCUGACAGCUGAAGGAAGGAAUCAUAAUAUGCUCUGUUGCUGGUACCUAAUACCUGAUCAUGGAAAUAGUCUGUAUGUGAUGCAACAACUUGUUUC